AUGUUCGACUGUCCGGACGUUCCCAGGACACUACUGACAGCACAGUGUCUGACUGCUGCGUCCUGGCUGGAUGCUGCCCUCCCCGGUGGUCUGGAGGAGUGUCUGCGGGGGGCUGACAGGGAGGAGCUGAGGGAGCUGCUGACCAAUCAGAGCGGCCUACUGGGCCGACCAACCACCACAGUGGGUCCUGACUCGGAGAAGAUCCUGCUCUCUGCCUGGUCCCACCCCCUCUUCACCGAACUGGCCAAUCCUGAGCCUGCGCCCAGCGCGGCCCAAUCAGACGCUCUGGCUGACCUGGAGCUGGUGAAGGUGGAGGUGGAGGUGAUGUUGAUGACGGAGGACGAAGACCAGGAUGUAGAGGAGACUGUUAUUGGUCAGAGCGCGUCGCCAGGGGAGACGGAGGCGUCCAAUGAGAGCUCAGCUGCGGGCGGGGACGAAUGUCAGCUCGUUUCUGUCAGACUGAAGGACUCACCUGGAAACUUUGCUGACCAAUCAGAGGACACUGUCGGCGAAUCAGACGCGACCGGCUCUGAGAUCGCGGCUAACGCUCUGUACAGCAUUUCCCAUAAUUCUCAGCGGGUGGCUCACAAAUGUCCGCGGUGUGGCAAGUGUUUCAUCUACAGAUCUCAGGGACAAAGCAGACCUGCGGGCGCACCAGCGCACCCACCGCGCUCGGCCCGUGUACCACUGCGGCGAGUGCGACCGGGAGUUCCACCACCUCUCCAGUCUGACCAAUCACAAGCAGACGCACCUGGUGCCAGGCAACUGCGGCCGGGCGGCGGCUUCACCUGCGGCCGCUGCGACAUGGCGUUCGAGUCCGCCGAUGAGCGAGACGCCCACAGGCUGCAGCACCGGUCGCCCGACCUCAGCUGCACCGUGUGCUCGGAGACGUUCAGCUCGCAGACGCAACUGCUGCGUCACCUGCAGACGCACUCGGUGGAAGGCGCCGAGCCGUGCUACAACUGCCGCUUCUGUGACCAGAGCUUCUCAGGAGUGACCCAGCUCCGUAUCCACCAGCGCACGCACACUUUCCGCUCGUACCAGUGCGACCUGUGCAGCAAGACGUACGGUUCCCUCACCGGGCUCCAGUCGCACCGGGCCAGCCACGGCGCCGAGAGCCGCUUCCUGUGCCCGCAGUGCGGCAAACGCUUCAAGACGCGCGACGGCCUGGAGGGCCACCUGCGCACGCACAGCGGCGAGAGGCCCUACCGGUGCCCCUACUGCCCCAAAGACUUCACCGCGCUCGCCGGGCUCAACGUGCACGUGCGCCGGCACACCGGCGAGCGCCCGUACGUGUGCACGGUGUGCGGCAAGGGCUGGCCGUCCGGUGGCGACCUGCAGAAGCACAUGAGGACUCACACCGGCGAGAGGCCCUACGUGUGCCAGGAGUGUGGCAAGGCUUUCUCCAUUUCCUGCCACCUCACCGAGCACCGCAGGAUUCACACCGGAGAGAAGCCCUUCUCGUGUCCUGAGUGCGGUAAAUGUCUGAGGAGGAAGUUCGAUCUGAAGAAGCACAUGUUGUCCCACAGCGACGUCCGUCCCUACGGCUGCGUCUACUGUCCCAAGAGCUACACCCGAAAAACUCACCUGAACAGACACCUGCUGAGCCACCGCACGCCGCCUGGCGUGGCGGUGACUGCCGAGGAGGCCGACCAAUCGGCGCUGGCCGACCCAUGACCCUACAAACCAACCGUUUUGCCUACUGAU